CCUCUGCACCCUGAGCAACUGAAGAGCGUUCAGGAGCAGAAAAGAUGAAAGUCUUUCUAGGCUUUCUAUUCAUUGCCCCACUUGCUCUCCCAGCUGGAGCUGAGAAGGAAUAUUCCUCCUUUGAUUCUGCUGCAUCUCCUGAGACAAAAUCAAGAUUUGCCAUGUUGGAUGAUGUACGAAUCUUGGCCAAUGGACUCCUCCAGCUUGGGCAUGGUCUUAAAGAUUUUGUCCACAAGACGAAGGGGCAGAUGAAUGACAUCUUUCAGAAACUUUACAUUUUUGAUAGGUCCUUUUAUGAGCUCUCACAGCAAACGAGUGAAAUCAAAGAAGAAGAAGAACAGCUCCGACAGACUACAGCCAGGCUGCAAAUCCACAACGAAGAGAUAAAAAACCUCUCACAGGAGAUGAAUUCGAAGAUUGAAGACCUCAUACAAAACAAAAUCCAGCUGCAAGAGAAAGUAUGGGGACUGGAAGACAAAGUCACCAAACUGGCCAUUAUCCAGCCCUCAACGCAAGACACAAAAGAAAUUUCUUCACUCAAAGCUUUUGUGGAGCAGCAGGACAAUGACAUCAAGCAACUUCUCAAAAUUGUAGAGGACCAGCACGUGCAACUGGACAAACAGCACAAUCAAAUAAUGGAGCUGGAGGACAAGCUAAACCACAUUGAGCUCCAGGAACUGGCAGAGAACUCUUUCACAGAGGAGCACACAGAACCAGAGGGCACCCCCUUUCCUGCACACAACGCCACCGCUGUGACGCCCAACGCUGAUGGUGCCACCCCUGACUGCACUGCUCUCUACAACAGUGGUGUGCACUCCAGUGGUGUUUACACUAUUAAGCCCAAGGGCUCAGAAGCUUUCAAUGUCUACUGUGAAAUGAAAUUUGGCACUUCCUGGACUGUAAUCCAGAAGAGAGUGGAUGGAUCACUAGAUUUCAACCAAACCUGGGAUGCCUACACAAAUGGUUUUGGUGACCUCAAUGAGGAAUUCUGGCUGGGCCUGAACAAGAUCUAUUCCAUGACUAAACAAGGGGACUACAUCUUCAGGAUUGAGCUGCAGGACUGGAAGGACAGCAGACGUUAUGUGGAGUAUUCCUUCAGCUUGGGAGGCCCUGAAACAAACUACACUCUCCAGCUUACAAGGGUCUCUGGGAGCAUCCCCAAUGCCCUGCCAGAGCAGACAGAACUGAGGUUCUCAACUAAAGACCACGACAUGGACAUAGCCAAUGACUUCAACUGCCCAGAAAACUACCUAGGAGGCUGGUGGCACAGUGAAUGUGAGGAAACCAAUCUGAAUGGGAAAUACGUCACCCCGAGGUCAAGAGGAAGACUGGAGAGAAGGAAAGGUUUAUACUGGAAGCCUAAGAAAGGAAGAUACUACUUGCUCAAGUCAACCAAAAUCAUGAUACACCCAACAGAUUUAAAGUUUUCACUGAAUGCUCAGCCUGGUGCAUUUUAAUUCAGAACACAGAGACUGAACACUACUACAUCAGAGAAGUUCAUGUGAUAUUUAAUACCAGAUGCAUGUCUAAGUCCAUACACUGGAUGGUAAAUUCUUCUGAGCCAUCUGAGAUGGUCUUACAGGGGGUUUGGUGAGUAUUCUUCAGCCUCAGUGCCAAUGUGCUGUAACUUCCAUGGAGCUUCCACCUCCCUAGGAUGACAGUCUAGUGCCUAGGAACUGACCAUCUAUUGAUGUAUUAGAAAAUAUUCCUGGGGGGGAAUGAGUUUCCAGGCUGUUACAUUUGUGUAGCAGGGAAUGCAAAAAGAUCUUCAGCAAAUGAAGGGCUGGCAAUAUGCUAGGGAAGACAUUCAGGUAUUAAUUUAUAGGGGGGGAAAAAGAUUUUGUUUUAUAAAGUAACUAUUUUGAUGUUUGGUUCAUGUUACUGUUGCUGUGAGUGAAUGACAGAUGGGUAAUUACCCAUUUUAGGGUUCUGUGUAUUUCCAGACAGAUUUUCAGCUGUGGCUCAGGCCAACCUUAUCUCAAGUGCUGCACUCAGGCAGCUGUAGACCUGAACACACACAGCAAGGAAGCCAGAGCACAGGUUUCAUCUUUUACAUAUUACACUUGGUAAGAAUGAUGCUUUCUUACUGAAAGUCAAGACCUAAGCUCCACAGCUCACUGCAUUGAUUCAGGCAUCUUUUCUCCUCACUUGAAAUGGAAUCAGAGUGACCCCUUUGCAACCUUUAAGUACACCCAAGAAAUUAAAUGAAGCACACAACAAAACACCUUUCAAAUAAAGAACAGCUGCUCCUGGGGCAACUCCAAGGGAGUCAGAGAUCCCAACCAACAAAUCCUGUAGGCACAACCUAUGUGACAGUGUCAGUCCUGCUCCUGAGAACAUUCACAUUUGUUUAACAUCAGCUACAGAAUGCUCUGAUGCUGGAGAACUCCUGACAUGCUUGUGGAUGGAUGGCUCUGAAGUGUUGACUGACAAAGACUUCAGGUUCUGCAGUUCCACUGAGUCAUAUUGACUUGUCUCCCUCAACCAACCCUUGUACAGUACGGAUUUUUUUUUAUCUCAACGUUUGCAACUACACAGAAAAUGGUUUUGAACUGUAAUUUGUUAAGAGCAAAACAACUGUGAACAGGGCAUGCUAAUUACAGAUAAAAAUGUGAAAAUACUUUGACUUUGCAUGGAUUUAUCACAAAGAAGAAAUCACACAGUGCUGCUUAUUUGUACUGGUGGCUUGUGAUGUUUAAUUACCUGCCCAGCCUCUAAAAAUAAACUAAUAAAUCAAACUUUUGAAAAGACAUGA